AUGGCCCAGUCUAAAAAGAGAAGGCUGUCACCAGCAUCGGAGAGUGAAAAGGAAAGAAAAAAGCAAUUCAUUCACGAGAACAAACUCAGCUUUGAGGGCCCAAUCAAUUCCACUAAAUGGCCCCAGUGUCAUUCCGCUCUAUUCUCUGCCAUCCGGAAGAUCGAAGAUGUGAAGUACAACCAAUACGUGCAACAAUUUCAAUCAACUCGUCCCCUUAGUUCGCAGAAGUCAGAAACUAUAGACAAGGCCGAGUAUCUUGUUUCUGCUGCGAAGCAAUGUCGAGCUGAAGAAACAAACGAAGACACAUGGAGAGACAAGACAGAAAACCAUCUUUUGAGCACAUUUUCCAAUACCAUGGAGUGCCAAAAGUGCAAAUUGCUACGAUGGCGAUGGCUAUCAGAACGCCGAGUGGAGGAAGAAACACAAUCAACCUUGGCGCUCUGCAAGUGCAUUGGAAAUAGUCUACAUGGAGAUAGGGCUGCCUCCCACCACCUGUUUGCAGAGAAACGGGGUCCAGGGUUUGUUGACCGAUCAGCUGCUGGUAUAAGGGUUCAAUAUCCCGAUCGUGUUAUCGGUUUUGAUAACACUCCAUCACUGGCUGCUGCCCUCCAGAGGCAUCCAGAUCUAAGCCCUAGUCCUGUGAAAGAUGCUAGAAAUAUCUUGUUUCCAUUCCUCGUCCUGGAAGCUAAAGCCGAGAACAAUUCCUGCUUUAGUUCUGUUGAGAGACAAACCGCCCUCCCUAUCAAAAGGCUUGUUGAUGUCCAAAAGAGUCUUCGAGAAACGUGCAAAGGCCUACCAGACACAGCAUUGGUCUGGUUUUUGGCAUUCCGUGGCGAGGAAUGGAUAGUCUAUGCUUGUGUGCCCGAUGGAAACGAAACACGAAUUAUCGAUCUCUGGCACGGAUGCAUUCUGAGGGAUGACUGUGCAUUGCAGCUGUGCUUGAUAGUUGACUUAAUAUGUGAUUGGGCUUGGCAUACCCUCCACAGAGACAUCCUUCGGCUGCUCUCGGUCGAAGAAACUACUAUAUCAGAAAAUGUUUCAGCCCCAGAGAAUGACCAAGAUCUUACCCAACCUUCAAAACUUGAAACAGUCAUUCGGGACACUGGCGAGAUAUGUUUCAAGUUUCGCCAUCUGACAUUGCCAGAGUCGAACAGUGAAUUGACUGAACUCCUGAAAUUACCCAGCUCAGGGAAUGAAGACGUCAGUCGAAAUGCCACCAAUCUGCUGGAUUCAUUCAAUGUUAAUCGUCCGAUGCUACUCCCCCAAAGUUUUAUCUCUCAAUUGGAAAUGUCUUGGAUAGGUGCAAGCAACAAAUCUCCAUUGCUUAAUGGUGACGAGCUGGUGUUUGCGCACAUUUCAUUCCGAUCAUACUUUCCGCCAAGUGACUAUCAUACCGUGCGAGAGAUUUCAUGCGUCACCGCAUCGUAUGGUGUUAUUCGAACUCUGAAACGGUUAAGUGGAAAAGGAUAUUCUGUUUCUUCACGCCGCCCAGAUAUUUCGAACGUACGUGAGACUGUACUAUCAUUGGCAACCGGACCAGGCCAAGACUUCAUCAGAGCAGCAGUUAGGGAUUCACGUCUCACGCUGGGUAUAUCUCCACCAAUACGCAUUCCAGAUACUGGGCCUUUAUCCUCUGAAUGGCGGCAGCAUUAUGACCUGGAUGAAGAUGUGUCUAACCUCUGGAACAACAUGGAAUCUUGUUCACCCGGAAAUCCUUUGCUUCUAGCACUACACCGGUCCAGAAAGCUACGUAAAAUGUCAGUUGCCAAUGAAAGCUCAAAUAAGAUCAUACGAGCGUUGCUUGGGGGAGGCAAAAAAAAGUUUUCACACGGUGGAAUUAUUCUCAAGACCCCCGCACGCUUACUCAAGCAAUCCUACCCCCGAUAUUGCCUGGCUGUUUUUGAUGGUUGCGAUCUGGAUAAUCGGUUGGGUCUUGGUCAAAAGCUAUUGCGAUUGAUCAUGGAUGGCAAGUUGCUCGAGGGGAAAACCUCAAAACCGAUGACUUUCCAAGAUCGUCAGAUCCUUCAUGAUUGGGCUACUCGUCUACAAGGAAAGAGUGAUUUAUUGGCAUGA